AUGGGCGGCCGCGCCUCGCGCCACCGCGCGCAGCCGCACGAUCAGUCCUCCCACCACGCCUCCUCCCAGCCUCCGCAGCCGCCGCCCAAGCACCACCACCACCACCACCACCACAACCCCAACAAGCCCAAGCAGCAGCAGCAGCAGCAGCCCCCACCUCCGCGUCCUCCGCCGCCACAGCAUGCUCCUCCCCCCGCCCCCACAUCCGCCUCCCCCGCCCCCGCCCCGGGCGGGGCGACGAACAUCGGCCGCGUGCUGGGCCGCCCCAUGGAGGACGUGCGCGCAUCCUACACGUUCGGGCGUGAGCUAGGCCGGGGCCAGUUCGGCGUGACCUACCUAGCCACGCACAAGCCGACGGGGCGGCGGUACGCGUGCAAGUCCAUCGCCACCCGCAAACUCGCGCACCGGGACGACGUGGACGACGUCCGCCGGGAGGUGCAGAUCAUGCACCACCUCACGGGCCACCGCAGCAUCGUCGAGCUCCGGGGCGCCUACGAGGACCGCCACUCCGUCAACCUCGUCAUGGAGCUCUGCGAGGGCGGGGAGCUCUUCGACCGCAUCAUCGCCCGGGGGCACUACUCCGAGCGCGCCGCCGCCGCGCUCUGCAGGGAGAUCGUCUCCGUCGUGCACAGCUGCCACUCCAUGGGGGUCAUGCAUCGCGACCUAAAGCCCGAGAACUUCCUCUUCCUUAAUAAGAGGGAGGACUCGCCGCUCAAGGCCACGGAUUUUGGGCUCUCCGUCUUCUUCAAGCCCGGCGAGCAGUUCAGGGAUCUUGUCGGGAGCGCCUACUACGUCGCCCCGGAGGUGCUCAAGCGGCGAUACGGAGCUGAGGCGGACAUAUGGAGUGCCGGAGUUAUCCUCUACAUCCUGCUAUCCGGCGUCCCUCCUUUCUGGGCCGAGAACGAGGAUGGCAUAUUUGAUGCUGUUUUGCGAGGUCAUAUUGAUUUCGCAUCUGAUCCCUGGCCUUCCAUAUCGAAUAGCGCAAAAGAUUUGGUCAAGAAGAUGCUGCGCCAAGAUCCCAAGGAGCGGCUUACUGCUGCUGAAAUUUUGAACCAUCCCUGGAUUAGAGAGGAUGGAGAGGCCUCAGACAAGCCACUAGACAUUACAGUAAUAAGCAGAAUGAAGCAGUUCCGGGCAAUGAACAAGCUUAAGAAGGUUGCCUUGAAGGUUGUUGCAGAGAACUUGUCAGAGGAAGAGAUCGUGGGUUUGAAAGAAAUGUUCAAAUCCCUGGAUACUGAUAACAGUGGGACUAUAACGCUGGAAGAAUUGAGAGCUGGUUUACCAAAGCUCGGCACCAAAAUCUCUGAAUCAGAAAUAAGGCAGUUGAUGGAAGCGGCUGAUGUUGAUGGAAAUGGUACCAUUGAUUAUGUUGAAUUCAUAUCAGCAACAAUGCACAUGAAUAGAUUAGAGAAGGAUGAUCAUAUAUUUAAAGCAUUCGAGUAUUUUGAUAAGGACCAUAGCGGGCACAUUACAGUUGAUGAGUUGGAAGAAGCUCUGAAGAAGUAUGAUAUGGGUGAUGAGGCAACAAUUAAAGAAAUUAUUGCUGAAGUAGAUACAGAUCAUGAUGGGAGAAUCAACUACCAGGAGUUUGUUGCUAUGAUGAAGAAUAAUAGCCCCGAUAUUGUUCCAAAUCGGAGGCGCAUGUUUUAA